UUGAGCAAACAUGGUGUGACCAUGCAUUGUUCUGUUUGUGGAGCUGCUGACCAUAACAAGAAGGGCCACCACAAUCAUGUUAAUCAAACAACAACUGAGGAAACAACAAUUGAAGAAGAAUAUGACGACCCAAGCAUAAUUGCUAACAUCAUGCCACACAGAGUCUACCCUCAGCUCGAUCCAACACAAACCCCUGACUCAAUGGUUUACAAGAUGCAAGAAAUGGAGAAGUUUACAUAUCCAGCACCUAGGGAAUUUGCCCCCCUACCUGAGUCUAGCUUCAUUGCCAAUGCCAGAGACUCAAUUCCUAUGGUUAGAGUUACAACAGCCAUGUCAAGAGGCAGGGUGAGAAAGACUGCUAAUGAGAAAGUUGCAAGGCCAAGAAAAAAGCAGGCAAGGGAAGGCAAUAUUGCAAUGGGAAGCAAUGUUGCAACAACUGGAAGCAAUGCUCAAACAAGUGGGGCCAAUGCAAGAGGAGGUGGCAAUGCAAGAGGACGUGGCAAUGUAAGAGGAGGGGCCAAUGCAAGAGGAGGGGCCAAUGCAAGAGGAGCAAGAGCUGCUGAUCCAGGUUUCUUCAACUUGCUAUUUGGACCCGAUGGAUCCACAAUACAUGAACCGCCACUUGUCAUGCAGGGUGAGGAGGAGGUCAUUUUUAGCCAAAAUGCACCAGGAGCUAGCCAGGAUCCUUAUCUCUAUGAUGAAGGUUGGCCUGAUGAUCUGCAUGACUUUUUGUCUUUGUAGUUUACAUUACAUGCAUCUUUAGGUGAAAGUCUGAUGGAGUUCAUGAAUGAACUUGUUGGUUUGGUGAUGGAGUUCAUGAAUGAACUUGUGGUCUCUAGUUCAGUACUUAUUUAGAAGAC